UCAAACGGCUAGAAAAUAUUUCCAUCGUAAAAAUUGGCAAGUUCAUCAUACUAUUAUUAUUGAGUCGACUGUUGGACCUUCUCCGCUGGCUCCGACUGCGAAAGCUGGUACACAAUCAGGAUAGGAUUCUUUUGUCUAGUUUGUGGCCCUCUCUUGCACUACACGUGUUACUCACUUCAUCAUACACGAGUUACAACACAAGUCUUUCUGCCCUACUCACAACAACGAAUGGUUAGUUGGUUACCAAUUUAAGUCAACGUCGUGCAUUUUGAAGACACUUGGAUUGUGACGUCAUUUUCUUAUAUCAUAAUAAUAAUAAUAUUAAAGCCAGCCUACUAAUUAACUGGUACUGGAGUCUGUCUGGGCAGAAGGAAGUCGUCUUCCACCUCCGGCACGAUGAGUACACACAUCCUGGUGUUUCCGUACCCGGCCCAAGGGCACAUGCUCCCACUUCUGGACCUGACCCACCAGCUCUCCCUCCGUGGCCUCACCAUCACCAUCUUGGUCACCCCAAAGAACCUCCCCACCCUCUCCCCUCUCCUCUCCGAGCACCCCUCCAUCCAAACCCUCGUCCUCCCCUUUCCUCCCCACCCCAGCCUACCCGAAGGCGUCGAGAACGUCAGGGACAUCGGCAACGCUGGAAACGUACCCAUCAUCGCCGCCUUGCGCCAGCUCCACGACCGGCUUCUCCGCUGGUUCCACUCCCACCCGUCUCCCCCUGUGGCUAUCGUCUCCGACUUCUUCCUCGGCUGGACCCUACACCUAGCCCACCAGCUCCGCAUCCCCAGGAUCGCUUUCUUCUCGUCCGGUGCGUUUCUGGCCUCCGUCAAUGACUACUGCUGGCGCAAUAUGACAAGCGUUCCCGAUUCUUCUACAGCGCUCGUUCACUUUCCCGAUCUCCCCAGAUCGCCGUCCUUCAAGGAGGAGCAUCUGCCUUCCCUCUUCCGCAUCUACAGCGAAUCCAACCCCAACACGGCGUUCCUCAAGGAUGACGUGCUCGCAAAUACGUCGAGUUGGGGUUGCAUUUUCAACAGCUUCGACGAACUGGAAGGCCCAUACUUGGACUACCUCCGGAGAGUCGUGGGACACGCGCGCGUCUACGGGGUCGGCCCGCUGAGUGUAGUGGGGAUCAAUGACGGUGCCAAUCGGGGCAACCCGGACUCCGAUUCGGGCAACGACGUACUAACGUGGCUCGAUGGGUGCCCCGACGGGUCAGUUCUCUACGUCUGCUUCGGGAGCCAGAAGUUGUUGAACAAACAGCAAAUGGAGGCCCUGGCGUCGGGGAUCGAGAAGAGCGGGACACGAUUCGUGUGGGUGGUGAAAGCGGGCACGACCCAACAAGAGGCGGAAGGGUACGGCGUGGUACCGGAGGGGUUCGAGGAACGGGUGGCCGGAAGGGGAGUGAUAGUGAAGGGGUGGGCGCCACAGGUGAGGAUACUGAGCCACGGGGCGGUGGGAGGGUUUGUGAGUCACUGCGGGUGGAACUCGGUGCUGGAAGCGAUAGUGGCGGGGACGAUGAUCCUGGGUUGGCCCAUGGAGGCGGACCAGUUCGUGAACGCCAGGCUGCUGGUGGAGUACAUGGGCGUGGCCGUGAGGGUGUGCGAGGGCGCCCACUCGGUGCCUGAUCCGGCCCACUUGGCGGGGGUGAUUGCGGAGUCGAUGGGCGGGGAGAGUGGUGAGAAAGCGGGGUCAAGGGCACUGAGGGAUAAGGCGCUUGAAGCGGUGAGGGAUGGUGGGAGCUCUUCCAGGGAUUUGGAUGCUCUUGUUAAGGAGCUGGCCCUCCUCCGACCGAGUCACGACGCUUGAGGUGAAAUCUCUGUCAAAGCUUCUGGACGUUUUUACCUGUCAAAUGCAAAUUCUUUGCAAAAUCAUUUGUAUAACCAUAACCAUUCUUGCAAAUGGUUAUAAUCGAACCCAAAAAGUAGCAUUAAAUAAAUUCCUAAACAAAUAUAAGUGUGUGAGGACACGAAAAUAUGAUUUUGUAUCUUCAA